UAAGGCGAGAUAAGUGGAAAUUGCUAUGACUACGUCGGUCCUCGUUGAUUUUGUUUAUUAGCUUGCGUCUUAUGCCUUAGAUGUUAAUUAAUAAUUAAAUAAUGCAUAGUUUAAAAUUAACUUUACAUCUUUCCAAGUGUUUAUUCAUUAGGUAUUAUGCUCACUAAUAUUGCUUAAUUUAUUAUCAUGUGAAGAAAUAUUAAAUGUACGUAAUUAGACAUGCUAUAUUUUCAUAUUACGCUCGGUAGUAUUCUUACAGUUAUUUACUACCCACAAAUUUAUAAAAGGGUUGAUGUUUAAGUUAUGUCAUAUAAACCUUUAUUAAAGUUUUUAGGAUUUUUUAAACUGUUAUUUAAUCAAGGGUGAUCAUACUAAUUAAGCAGGUUAGUUCUUGUAUUAGUUAAUUAUAGAACUCGAUUUUGGCUGUCGAUCAAAUGUUUUAUCAAUUCAUGUCGUAUUUCGUGUUAUUUAGAUUUUCAAUUCCUUUGUUGUUGAACUUAAUCUUUAUUGUUAUUAAAAUAAUUUACAUGUAAUGUUUAAUAUUUAAUUAGGUUCAUUACUUGUUUGUUGAACAUGAUUCAUCAACAUGUGUACACGCCGUCCAUUACUGCUUUAACAAAAUCUUAAAUGCGAUACUAACAGUAUUGUUGUACUUUUCUGUUAUGUAAUGUUAAAUUAAUAAUAAUUCACUAAUUUACCUAUACCAACAAUUGGAAAUAUAAAAAUCUAUGUUUUUAUCAAACAUUCUUGCUAGUUGGCACAAAUAAACGAAUAUUAAAACAUUUUUAACAUGUGCAAUUGGUUUUUGAUGGAACUGAGCAAUUGAUUUAAGUUAAAAUGUUGAUAGACUAGAAAUUAAGUUGAGCAAACUAAGCAAAACGUGCAAACUAAAAUUUUACCACUGAAGUAGAAUCCCCUUGAACAUUGAAUAUUUGUAUAAUCGUACAUUACGUCUCGACCUUACCCUUGUAAAAAAAUGCCGGUUUUCCCAUAUAACAAAUGGGACAAUCGUGUUGAUUCAUUUCUCUUAUCAUAUUUCCUCUGGUCACUUCCGGCCCUGUAUUUCACGCUUUUGAUAGUAACUCCCACACUUCAAUUGCAAUAAGUAAUGAAUAAUAAAAUAAUAUUUUAUGUACUUAGAUUUACUAAAUGUUUGCAAAACUUUUAAUUCGUUGUAAUUUAUAGUUUCAGAAAUUUGCUUUUAUGAAUAUACUAUACAACCGGUGAUAACGGUUGGUUGCGUUUACUCAUACGUGUUGUAAGAUAAUUAUUAUCUAUAGGUGUGCGUAUAGUUGUUGUCAGUUGUCACAUUGCCAAACUGUAGUGGCGCUCGCGCCUGUCUUCAGUCUAUAACGUUCCUUAGCGGGAAGUGUAUGGCGCACGAUGUGUUUACAUGUUCGCCUUCUGUGCGAGGCGCUCUGGUGGCCGGUGCUGUUGAGAUGUGCCCGUCCUACGCACACCUAUGAUGACGACUAUGAUCAGCAACUCAAAGAUGAACUGGGAGAAGUGGUGGCCGAGCUGGAGGCCCUUGACGGGCAGGAGGAGUGCAAGCAGAACAGUAAAGCCAAACAGAUGAGCAUAGGCAGAAAGAAAUUUAAUAUGGACCCAAAGAAAGGUAUAGAGUAUUUGUACGAGAACGGAUUACUACAAAGGACACCAGAGGACGUGGCGCAAUUUCUACAUAAAGGCGAAGGCCUCAGUAAAACCGCAAUAGGCGAUUACCUAGGCGAGCGAUCCGACUUCAAUGAGGCAGUACUGAGAGCAUUCGUCGAGCUACACGACUUUACAGACUUGAUACUAGUUCAAGCGUUAAGGCAAUUCCUUUGGAGUUUUCGUCUUCCUGGCGAAGCGCAGAAGAUUGAUCGUAUGAUGGAGAGUUUUGCACAGCGGUAUUGUCAGCUCAACCCCGAUAUAUUCACGAACGCGGAUACAUGUUAUGUACUCAGCUUUGCGAUUAUUAUGUUGAAUACUUCCCUACAUAACCCGAGCGUGAAAGACAAGCCUUCGCCGGAACAAUUUGUUGCCAUGAAUCGAGGGAUCAAUAAUGGGGGUGAUUUACCCCAGGAGUUGCUCUUGUCUUUAUACGAGUCGAUAAAGACGGAGCCAUUCAAGAUCCCAGAGGACGACGGCAAUGAUCUUAUGCAUACCUUCUUCAACCCGGACAAGGAGGGGUGGCUUUGGAAACAAGGUGGCAGGUAUAAAUCAUGGAAGAGACGCUGGUUCAUUCUAAACGACAACUGCUUAUAUUACUUCGAGUACACGACGGAUAAGGAGCCUAGGGGAAUCAUACCAUUAGAAAAUAUAUCUGUCCGUCCAGCGAGUGAUCGUCAACGGCCGCAUUGUUUGGAGUUGUAUGCAAGUGGCGGCGCGGACCUAAUUAAGGCGUGCAAGACUGAUUCUGAGGGAAAGGUCGUAGAGGGAAAACACACAGUAUAUAGAAUGUCUGCCUCAACGGUGGAGGAAAGAGACGAAUGGAUCGAAUGUUUACGUCGAUCAAUUAGCCACAACCCGUUCUACGAUAUGUUGGCGCAGCGGAAGAAGAAAGCGCAACACAGUGUGCACUCGGCACAUUAGCAACGAAUGUGUAUGUAAAGGACUCCAAAUAUAUCUGGUUUAUUUAAUUGUACCAAACUAGAAAUCAUCUGAGAGUGAAAUUUUGUUUAAAUGUUAUUAGAUUAUAAGAGCAAAGCGAGUUCGCUAAUAAGAGAAGAGCGUUCGAAGUUUCGUUUGAACAUUUUCUUCGGACAUACAAAAUAAGACCUUAUGUUUAGCUCAAAAUGUCACAAUUAUCUGAAACAAUGUCUUUGGUUUGCGAGCAAAUAGUGCGAUUUGUGUAUAGAGGGCGUUAAAUUAAAUAUUGGUAUUAGAUGUUUUAUGAAGUGAAUAUAGAUUGUGCCAUCAAUAUUAAAAAAAAACAGUCAAAACUUAAGUCCAAGUUGAAAAAAAAUAUCCGCAAUCCGCCGAACCUACUUGUAUUUGUAAAACCUAAGUAAGAAAAUUAAAAUUUUGUAGUACUAACAAGUAUGAAUAAAUAGCCUAAGCGGUUUCUUCUCCGUUAAUAAAUAAUAAAAACAGACAAGGGAGCGUUCAAGUAUUACGUCACGCAAUUUUUGAAAGUUCUUGACCCCCCCACAUGAAAGGCGCUGUAACGUUUCAUUCAUUCAUACAUUCAAAUGUGGUGUACUGGAAUAGAGGAACUGGAGUACUGGAAAGUGGAAAAUAAUACUAACAAUAACGUGUAAUUCAAUCCCCGCUUCGUAACGUUUUAAAAGAGAAGAUACCCCCCCCCCCCUAUUCGUUACGUAAUACUUGAACGCUCCCCAACACAUUUGCGAUAUUUUAUCCCGAGAGAAAUAAAAAGUAUUUUAACUUCAUUAUGUAAACCAUGAACUGUUCUAAAGGCAAAGGGUAACAGAAGAUCGUUAUGAAGAUUUUAUAGAUGGCACUAUCUAUACAGGCCUAAGUAUUACGCAAGUGCGUCUGAAUAUUGUAUGUGAAUAUAGAUGUUAUUUUAUUUUUAAGCUAUUGUAGCGAUGUUUGGUGUACCAGUCAAACGUCCGUCUAAUACGUGCGAAAUAUUGAAACGCGAUGUAGAGAAAACAAAAUUCUGUCACAAUAAUGUAACAGGAAAUAUUCAGUGAAAAAUAAAUCUUGGACCUAUGAAGGGACUUAAUCAAUAUCACGAGGUCGUAGGUUUUGAUUCCAGCGGAACAAUAAUUAUUAAAUGAACAAUGAAAUAAUGUAUUAUAAAUUUCAUUUGAAUGACUACUCUGUCUUACGUACGGGUUAUAUAAUCUACCAGUCUAAGCAUUUACGAAUGGUUUAUGUAACCCGUUCGUACAUAUAAAAGGACAUCAUUAGAUAAUUUUACGUAAUAAUUAAAAUCGUAGUCGUCCAAAUUUGAUAUGUUCUAUAAAUGGCAUCAGGCCACAAGGUCUGAAUGUUAUGAAACGUGUUUCUGUGGAAACAGGUCUGAAGAAAUCUUGGGUUCGAAUGAGAAAUUCGAUAUUUUACUCGAAUGAAAUUAUUUUUUUUUAAAGAAACAACCUUUUUUGAAAAUAAAUGUUUUUAUGUGGAAUUUGAAUUAGAUUGCAUUCGUUACUUGAGUUUGGAAAAUAUUUGACUCAUGUUUUACAAGUUCGUUUCCUAUAUAGUGAGCAUAAACAUAUUUUCUUUUUAAAAAUCAAAAUUUCUUUUGAAUAUAAUUAUAGACUGUUUAAAGUACGUCCACAGUGUCCGUACUCUGUAACUCAUAGCGAUCACGUGGUCAAUGUUGAGUUUUUGUAUCGCGUGGUUCUCAUCAGCGUUACGGAAAUAGUAAAUAAUAUACAGAAAUUACAUACAACCGUCAUCGCUAUUCGAAGUUGCAUAGUACUGGCGCAGGUGGUGUUAAAGUCUCGCUCUUACUGUCUUAGUGAAGAAUAGAAUAUUUAUCUUGGCUAAUGUAUUAAAGCAAUAGAUUACGUACUGUCUGCAGAUAAGACUAUACCAAAACUUAUCGUAGUUGGCGCAGUAGCACCUUAUUUAGGUGAUAAUUUUUCCUGCCUUGAAAUAUGGAUUGGUUUUAUUGGGACUUUCAUAUAUUUUUUUAUCAAAGACCGUACUAUUUAAUAUUGUUUUCGAUAAUGCUAUGGCCAAUUUAAAUGCUAUAUUCUCUAAGACAGUAAAUUAAAUCUAAAUAUAAGAAAGACUGAAGGAACUUAAAAAAAACUGGAAAGCACACAAAUUACACGAUAUACUUUCUUUGUAUGGCCUAAUUUAUUUUAGGAACACGGAAAGUUUUCCGUUCAAACAUUUUUCGUACACUUUCUUAUCUUUCUAAUAAGUUGAUCAUAAUUUCUUGAAUUGCAUUUUUAUCUAUCUUCAACAUCUUUUAACAAAGGAAAUUAAGUGUUCUUUCCAGUUUUAUAAAUACUAAGCGAAAUAGCGUGAUAAAUCAUUCAAAUAUUGGAUAAAACUCUUUAUAAUGAAAGGAUUAUGGGUCCUUAUUGUCCAGAAAAGCAUCGCUUGGUCUGCCAGUUAAUUCAGUGUAUCAUUAAUUCUACGUUACCAUGACAAUAAAUUUCCGAGAAACUGCCAAAACGGCCUAAUUAGGGUUCAACUUAAAUCCUAGAUCUAAACACAGUUUAGGAGCCGAGCACAGAAACUUAGGUAAAAUUCUAUUAAUAAAAUACCUAUCGUUCUUCGGUUUUUUUUAUCAGUGUUGCGUCUAUGGCUAAUUAAUAUUCUUUAAAGACAAGGAUUUUUGAAAAUAGUUUAUAAGUAUUAAUAGUCAUGUUACAAUUUCAUAGGUUUUUGGACUCAGGUCGACGUUUUAACGAUUCAUAGUUUCAACUUUUAUCACAUAGUUAGUUUCUCUAUUGUAGGACUAACAGGGUAUGAAAUUUAGGUUAGAACAUAUAAUCAAACACAUUUUUAAGAUCACGUCAAUAUCGUCUUGUGAAAGUCUCUUAUGAUUAUAUAUUAUUUAAUACAAGUUAUAUAAAAAUAUUUUAUGAUAUAAAGAAAUCCCAUACAACAAUGGUCAUGGCAAUUUCUUUUGUAAUCUUAUUAAUAAUAGCCAAUUUAUUUUAAAUCCGAUACAUUGCAUUAUUAUUCAAAACAAUUUAAUAUAUUAACUUAUUAUAUAUAUAUGAGUAAUUUCACAUAUUUAUAUCUAAAAGCAUACGCAAAUGAUUUAACAAGACUGUUCACGAAAGUUUUCCAAAUAUACUCAACAGUACAUCUGGUAAUUUGGUUUUGGUUACGAAAUAGUUUUGUUUGGAUGGAAAAGAGUAUAGCCAACUUGUGGUGUUAUUAAACAAUACUUUAUAUACUUUGGAUAUACAACGUGAAAUUGGGUUGUCAAAAAGGCGAUACUAUGCCCUUCCAAGUAUUCUAUUCCGUGACUAUAAAAGAUUAAAGAUCAUAACAAAACCUUUAUAGAUAAAUAUUACAAUUGCCUACACGGGUAUUACGUAUUUGUAUAUAUAGAGAACACGUCAAUAAAAUAUGUAUAUUAUUUGUGCGUUUAUGUCGAUAAUUAUGUAACUGCGCAUAUACUCAAGGCGAUGCAUUCUAGAAGUUACUAAUCCAUAAACCAAUAUAAAUGUAAAUAAUAUAUGGACUCUACACAAACCAAUGAUGGACAUAUAUCAUUAUUGUAUAUUGCGAUUUUAAUUUAUUAAUGCAGCCAUCAGUUAAAAUUCCCGGCAAAUAAGUUCUUAAAGUGUUUUCAUACGCGCUGUCACAUCGUACCGAUUUAAGUGCCGGGGCAUACAUGUAUAUCUCUUGAAAUUAGUCACCAAGGGGUAUUUUGAAUUUUUCAACAUUCCAAUAUUUAUUGCUUUUAAAUUUGGGGAGUAUGUAGAGUCCUUUAGCGUGUUUUAAAGUAUUUAGGAAAUGGUGCCUAUUGAUCUGUUUUAGAUGUAAUUAUCGUUAAUGCUAUGUAAAUGGCCGCAAUUAAUUUAUCUCUAUUGCAUAUGACAAUGGAUACAUGCAUAAUAAAGUGUUGUAAAUAAUUUUGUAAGAAAAGAAAUACAUUAUUAUCUUUA